AUGACGGAACGCAAGUCCAGGCACCCUUCGCCCGCGCGAGCUGGUUCAAGACCAGUCUCCGAGAAAGACGAUGCUGAGCGCCGACCAAGCAUGCCAGCCGAGACGAGCGACGAGGAGAAGUCGCAAAUCGAUAUUCCCGUCGACCCUUCAGGGAACCGUCAUCCGUCAAUGGUCCCUAGGCCAGACGGAAAGCGCGAGUUGCGAGAAUGGGAGUGUUGGGACAAGCUUGCAUACACUUGGCCAAAAUGGAAGAAGGCCAUGUACUUGGCUUCCAUUGCUGGAAUCCAAAUCUCUAUGAACUUCAACACGUCGGUGUAUCCCAGUGCUGUCAACCCCAUCUCCGAACAUUUCGGAAUCAGUACACAGGCAGCGCGCGUUGGACAGAUGAUCUAUCUGGUCUUCUAUUCCUUUGGCUGCGAGCUUUGGGCGCCAUGGAGUGAAGAAUUUGGCAGAUGGCCAAUCUUGCAGCUUAGCAUGCUGCUCAUCAACAUCUGGGAAAUCCCUUGCUCUGUGGCCCCCAACUUCGGCACCAUUGUGGUUUGCAGAGCUCUUGGUGGGCUCUCCACAGCGGGAGGUAGUGUUACUCUUGGUUUAAUUGCCGACAUGUAUGAACCAGAGACACAGCACUGGCCUCUAUGCUUCAUCGUAUUGUCUUCUACGAUCGGAACGUCUAUCGGCGGUGUUAUUGGUGGCCCCAUCGAAAAAUACCUCACGUGGCAGUGGAAUUUCUGGAUUCAGUUGAUCUUUGGUGUUACUGUCCAAGCAGUGCAUUUCUUCAUGCCUGAGAGCCGAUCUACCAUUCUCAUCGACCGCGAGGCCAAGAGACGUCGUGAAACCGGCGAAGACCCCAACGUUUAUGGACCAAAUGAACUCAAGAAGCCGCGAAUCUCGCUCAAAGAAGCCGGGAAAAUUUGGCUCCGACCAUUUGAGAUGUUCGUUCGUGAGCCAAUCGUAUUGUUCUUAUCGCUACUCUCUGGUUUCUCCGACGCUCUGAUCUUCACGUUCCUGGAGGCUUUCAGCGUUACCUUCCCAAAUAACUUUGGAUUCGGCACACUGCAAGUAGCCUGGGCGUUCAUUCCGAUUAACGCCUCUUACUUCUUCACGUACUUCCUAUACUGGCCUUGGUUCUGGCGCGACGAUCACCUGCGCAAGAAGAAUGGUCCGGACUGGAUGUCCCCAGAGCGACGUUUGAAGCCGCUUCUAUUGCUUGCGCUCUUUGAGCCGAUCGGAUUGUUUGGUUUUGCCUGGACCUGUAUGGGACCGCCCCAAACGCAUUGGAUAGCACCAAUGAUCUUCUCAUUCCUCGUCGGACUCGCAAACUUUGCAAUCUACUACUCCUCUGUCGAUUACAUGAUUGCCGCUUACGGUCCCUACUCGGCUUCCGCUACCGGUGGUAACGCGUUCGCUCGUGAUUUCCUCGCUGGUAUCUCCGCCAUGUACGCCAUACCUCUAUACAACAACCUUGCAUCGUCAAGUCCUCAGAAGUCCGAGUAUGCCACAACCGUUUUGGCAUGCUUGUCGUGUUUGGUCGUCGUACCAAUCUACGUCUUUUAUUGGAAGGGACCUCAGAUUAGGAAAGCUAGUAAAUUCGCUUCCAUCCUUGCGGAGGAGAGGAAAGCUGAGGGUGUCAGACGUCUCAGUAAGGCUGAUAAUCUUCCGGCGUAA